CAAUAUAAAUAUUGAAGUGUUGUUGUAUUGAAAUACGCUCACUGAUCGGACGAACGCGGGCCAAUCAGAAGCCCUCAGAUCAGUACACCUUCUUUUCAGAAAUCAUUCAUAAUGCCGAUGCGUCAAACGUUUUUACGAGGACCCUGGAAUAAAUAUGGCUGGAGUAGUUAGUCAUUUUUCCAAAAUGAAAGGAUAGAAACUAAGGAACAGAAACGAAUCCUGGUUAUGUGUCCUUUACCUAACCUUUGAUAACUACUUUUAUUCCUUGUUCUAUAUUUAGUCUACCAGACUCUCCGUUUACAAUGAGUGGAUUAUUUCUGAAAAAUGUAUUGGUGGCAGCAGCGGUAUGUUGCUCGGUGCUGGUCACUGCGGUACUGGGGUCUCUGUUGGGGUGCCCGGUGUUAGCUCAAGAGCCGAUCCGAUGCGCCCCGUGCGCACCGGAGAAGCUGAGCGAGUGUCCAGUGGUGGCGCAAGGCUGUAUGGAGGUUCUGAGUGAGCCGGGUUGCGGAUGCUGCCUUGUCUGCGCCCUGAUGACGGGGGAACUGUGCGGAAUCUACACGGCGCCAUGCGGGUAUGGACUGAGGUGCACCCCAACACCCGGCGACCUCCAGCCGCUGCACUCCCUUAUUCGCAGCCAGGCGGUGUGUAUGGCGAACCCCGAGCCCGAAAGGAGCCCAAUUCCCAAAGUGGAAAUCACCUGCUUCACGCAUCCUGGCAACAGAAAGACCUUCGAUCCCCCGUCCGCGGACGCGCAGGAGAGAAUGAAAGCCAAAGUCAGCGCAAUCAGGAAGAAACUGGCGGAGCAAGCUCCUUGUCAAGUGGAGUUGCAGAGAGCUCUGGAGAAGAUCGCUGAGUCACAGCAGAAGCUAGGAGAGAAUCUGACCAGGUUCUACCUGCCAAACUGUAACAAUCACGGGCUCUACAAAGCCAAACAGUGUGAGUCGUCUCUUGAUGGACAGAGAGGCAGGUGUUGGUGUGUGUCCUCCUCGAAUGGAAUGAAGAUUCCAGGAUCCACUGAUCUGUCUGGAGAUGCAGAAUGUUCUUAAGAGAUCAACCACUGAUGCAGAACACACACACACACACACACACACACACACACACACACACACACACACACACACACACACACACACACACACACACACACACACACACAGUAAACCACUGAUUUUCUUUAGAUACUUGUUAUUUAUUAAUUGUCCAUGGUAGUGUUUGAUAUUCAGGUACACACUAUCACUGUGGAACUGAUGUCCCCUGACCCUCAGCCCCGGACCCCUGACCCCCAAUCCCUGAAUCCUGACCCCGUCCCUCCCCACCAAAGAGAAAAUCAAUUUUUUUCGGAAAAGGAGAUUUUUAUAUUUUAAUACAUUUUCUUUAACUCCACAGCCUUACUUAUUUCACAUUAUGUACUGUAUGUAUUCAUUUGUAAUUGUAUUUUAAUAUUUAUAUAAUUAUUAUUAUGUGUGCAUUAUUAUCAGUGUAUAAAGUGUAUAUAUGUAUCGACGCCCUGAGUUACUCCAUGUUACUCUGGGCCCGGUUUUCCAAAAGCAUUUUAAGGCUAAGUUCAUCUUCAAAACAUUCAUAGGAUCAUCGUUAAAUUUCUGCACUGUUUCCCAAAACUAUCAUUACUAAAGUUGCACUUGAAAAAACACUCAUUAUUUACCGACUGCCUCAGACCACUCAUUGAACAUCGUUGGAUGUGUUUUUCACUUUAUACACAGAAGAAGCUCUGCUAAACAUAGAAUCAAGAUGUUUAUCUGUCUCCCUGUGACCGCCGAUAACAAACGAUUUAAAGAUCCUUCAAAUGAAAGCCCGAGAUGACUGCGUUAAAAGAUAAAUAGCCUUCCUACAGUAUAUUCUACAUAGGCCUAUAUAUCAAUGAUAUUGAGGGGGAACAGUGGGUUAACUGCCUUGUUCAGGGGAACAGUGGGUUAACUGCCUUGUUCAGGGGAACAGUGGGUUAACUGCCUUGUUCAGGGGAACAGUGGGUUAACUGGUCUAGGAACAAUAGGUUAACUGCCUUGCUCAGGGGAACAGUGGGUUAACUGCCUUGUUCAGGGGAACAGUGGGAUAACUGCCUUGUUCAGGGGAACAGUGGGUUAACUACCUUGUUCAGGGGAACAGUGGGUUAACUACCUUGUUCAGGGGAACAGUGGGUUAACUACCUUGUUCAGGGGAACAGUGGGUUAACUGCCUUGUUCAGGGGAACAGUGGGUUAACUGCCUUGCUCAGGGGAACAGUGGGUCAACUGCCUUGUUCAGGGGAACAGUGGGUUAACUGCCUUGUUCAGGGGAACAGUGGGUUAACUGCCUUGCUCAGGGGAACAGUGGGUUAACUGCCUUGUUCAGGGGAACAGUGGGUUAACUGCCUUGCUCAGGGGAACAGUGGGUCAACUGCCUUGUUCAGGGGAACAGUGGGUUAACUGCCUUGCUCAGGGGAACAGUGGGUCAACUGCCUUGUUCAGGGGAACAGUGGGUCAACUGCCUUGUUCAGGGGAACAGUGGGUUAACUGCCUUGUUCAGGGGAACAGUGGGUUAACUACCUUGUUCAGGGGAACAGUGGGUUAACUGCCUUGCUCAGGGGAACAGUGGGUCAACUGCCUUGUUCAGGGGAACAGUGGGUUAACUGCCUUGCUCAGGGGAACAGUGGGUCAACUGCCUUGUUCAGGGGAACAGUGGGUUAACUGCCUUGUUCAGGGGAACAGUGGGUUAACUGCCUUGCUCAGGGGAACAGUGGGUCAACUGCCUUGUUCAGGGGAACAGUGGGUUAACUGCCUUGCUCAGGGGCAGAACGACAGAUUUUUACCAUGUCAGCUCGGGGAUUCAAUCCAGCAACCUUUCGGUUACUUUAUAGGGUAAGAAUUAGAAUGAGCCACUUCAAUAUUUGCAGCCAUAAUAGGUGAUACGAUCGUUCUAGGAGCUGAUCCGUUGUCAGUAUUGUGGAAUAAUUAUAAUGACCUUGGUCAUUGCAGGAAAGAUGCAUCCUUAAAACUCUCAUAAGCCUAAAUUCCAUCGCUAUCGGGAAACUGGGUCCAGGUCUUUUGGAGUUGGUCUGGUGGUUUACUUUUGAAACGAACCAAACAUAAGCAAAAGCACUGUGUGACCCAAAUUCAUUUUUGAACGAUUUCUAAAUAUUAUGUGACUUUUAAUAGUUUUUCAUGUUCACUGACAUGGUUUUGUUUGUUUUUAUUUCUGAUAUGAUUCAUACAUGAUGACACUCGGCUACAUCAGUGAAUGCAGAAAAUGACUAAUUUGGACAUUCUUACCUUUCAAGAAACUCAAUGUGGGUUUUGCAGAAUUGCAUGAUGGGUAAUGCUCCUGCAUUGUCCCUUGUUCUGACGGGGGUCUACCUUGACCUACCUCUCUUUACUGACUGCCAUCACUGUUCUUUAUAUAACAUGAACGCAUUACGAGAGAGAGAGAGAGAGAGAGAGAGAGAGAGAGAGAGAGAGAGAGAGAGAGAGAUUAUUCCAAAGUGACUGACUGCUCACUCAUGUAUAUACACUUUUGUAAUUGAGAUGUGUAAAAAAAAUAUAUAUUUAAUUAAAAUGUUUAACCUCAAA